CGGACAUGUGGCCGUUUUGCUCCGGAUUACUUUUUAUCGCUUUCAUUUUGCAGUGAAUUUCAAUUUAUGUGAUUAAUUAGCGGAAAGCGAAAAAAUAAUUUAAACCACUCAUCAACUCAGCCAUGUCAUUUAAAAGUCAUUAGGGCAAGUAAUUUCGUAGCGCAACGAGUUCCAAUGAAGAGGCUUGUCUGUCUGUGGCAGGUGGGCGAUGACUUAAACAAGUGUAAAACUACUACUGACAAAUGGUAUUGAAGAGCAUUUGCUAAAGUGCAGCAGCGAAAAAAUUCCAAUAAUACAGUAGUUUCGUCGUAAUAAAUGGACCAACGAUUACAAUGCAACGUGCUGUGUCUUUUCAUCUGUUGUAUGCUUAUCGGCUACUCGUGGCAGUACUGUUACGAGCUGAAAAUACUGAGCUUUCGCAGCACCGACACGCCCAAUUACCGACUAGUCAUGAACUGGCAGAAGAAUAUGACUUUAACCGCGGCGACGUACGUCCGGAAAGCAGUCGCAACGCCGACCUGGCACCUCCAAUUGCUCCAAUUGAACACCAAACGCAAUCAGUUAGGCAAAAUCGAACCGCCGAAGUCGCUCUACAACGCCACCUAUAAGACAUGUGAGUUUUGGAAGUAUGCGAAGCGCAUACGAGUCUUCAGCAAUGUGGCACAGCAGCUGCUCUCCAAGAGUGGUGGCAAUAUGAGCCUGGACUGUCCCUUGUCGGUGGGCACGUAUGUCUUCAAAAAUAUCCACGUGCCGCCCGACACCGGCAUGCUGAAGUUCAUGUAUUGGCCCAACACGAUCUACACACUGCUCGGCACGGUCUACGAUCAGCGGCCGAACAAGACUUUGGCGAAAUUAUGCCACUACGAGAUCAACGGCACUGUUAUCAAGUCGUGUUAAGUAUUGCUUUACAUUAUCAGAAAACCAGUUAACUGUAAAAAAUAAAUAUCGAAAAGCUUGCAAUUCUUCGUUGAGUUAAUUUAAAGUCUGCCGAAAUAAACAAAUUUGAAUCUUUGUAAAAUU